GCACAAAAUAACUUGUUUUCAAAACCAUUAAGGCAUCAACCCAUUGUGAGUAUGAUAGUGAAGAAGAAAGAAGUGGAGGAACAAGAUGAGCAAAGGAAGAAAAGGAAGAAAAAGGUCCGGAAUGGAUCUUUGUAUUAUCGGAUUAGUGAUUUACCAAAACUAUUUAAAGGUGAUGUUGCGUUUGGAACUGCAGGUUCAUUUGGUGAAUCUUCAGAUUCCUUAUUGUUGCAGUUGGGGCAUACCCACUCCCUUUCAGACUGUCAAGAUAAGUGCUUAAAGUGUAUCCCUCAAGAGGUGGAGAAAGACAGAACAAGUGAUAGGUUACCGGCCAUGCCUCACAGUGGAGCAAAAGUGGAAAACAUUUUGGCAUGAAGGUUGAUCAGAAAAGGUGCUAGCUUGUUUACUUUUAAAGAUAAGGGGUCACAUCAAAUACCUCUUUAUCGUAGAAUCAUCUGCCUGUGCAUACUUUGAUUGUUGGAUUAGGAGAUGUGAAAAGGAAAAGGGCAAAGAAAACAAAGCAUUUUGUUUGGAUCCUUACGAAAAUCUACCGUACACAAUCCAUUCGUUAAAAUAUCUUUUCUAGACCUUCUACUAGUAGGACCAAUCACUUGCAGAAGAUGAGGAAGAAGAAGAAGAAGAACAAUAAGAACAAGUAAGGGAAUAUCCUCAAUCAAUCAAAGAUAGUUCCCUCGGAAGAAAACGAUAUCUCUUCGUCCCUCUCCCUCUGGGUGGGGUCUGUUUGAGUUUCCAAGAUUCUGAUGUUAUCUUGGGAAAGUUUGAAUAUCCCACCCAAAAAAGGAUUUUGCUCUGGUCUUCUUUCUUGAUCAAGGGUAGCUGUGACUUGCAAAGGUACCACUCGCAAUGGCACUGGUUGUAAUGGCACUGGAAACCAAUAGCUGCUUUCAUGAUGCCUUGGUGUAGUUUCUCCCUGACAAUUUCCUACUCGAGCCACUGGUCCUGAGCCCACAACAACAACAUUCUGACACAAUUGAGCAGUUGCUGAAGCCCUAAAUUGAAAAGAUACAGGGGUGCAGAGUGUACCAGAGUAUCUUGACAAUUCAUGAGGUUGAGCCUCUCCUUUCUCCACCUCUCUGCCAAGUCCUUUGCGGCCUUAUGAUCUGAGAAUCUCAGUAGGGGAUCUCCAAGCAUCACUUCCUACUCAUGCUACCCAUGUCGCUAGACACCCCUCCAAAGACUAUCAAGCUCCUCCUCUGACCAGGCACCACCACAAGUUCUAUCUAGUGUAAAGCUUGGAGCUGAGUUCUGUGCACUGGAAGCUGAGCACUA